UCCUGACUGCUGCGGACGGGCAUCGAUUGAAAGGGGGGCUAAAAUCGGCUCUGUGUGCUUGUGUUUACAUCCGAUCCCCCGAAUUAAAACCACCACAGCACUGCCAAAACAACAACAGGCGGCCAUGGAGUCACAGGGCAGGGAAGAAGUAAAGGGACCGGUGCUGCACAUUGUGGUUGUUGGAUUUCACCACAAAAAGGGCUGUCAGGUGGAGUUCUCCUACCCGCCGCUGAUGCCAGAUGAGGGUCAUGACAGUAACCUGCUGCCAGAAGAGUGGAGGUACCUCCCUUUCCUGGCUCUUCCCGAUGGGGCGCACAACUAUCAGGAAGACACUGUUUAUUUUCACCUGCCGCCUCUGAAUGAAGACAUGAAGUGUGUCUACGGAGUGUCCUGUUAUCGCCAAAUAGAAGCAAAGGCCCUUAAGGUACGACAGGCCGACGUCACCAGGGAGACCGUUCAGAAGAGCGUCUGCGUCCUCAGUCGAGUGCCUCUCUACGGUCUGCUCCAAGCAAAACUCCAGCUCAUCACGCAUGCCUACUUCGAGGAGAAAGACUUUUCACAGAUCUCCAUACUGAAGGAACUAUACGACCACAUGAACGGCUCCCUGAAGGGCUCCACGCUGGAUACACAGGUUUACCUCGGUUUAUCACCAAGAGAUUUAAUACUGCACUUUCGACACAAGGUUCUCAUCCUCUUCAAGCUCAUUCUGCUGGAGAAGAAGGUCCUGUUCUAUGUGUCUCCUGUCAACAGACUAGUAGGAGCUCUGAUGACAGUUUUAUCUCUGUUUCCAGGUUUGAUCGAGCACGGCCUGGUGGACUCGUCUCACUACAGGCCGAAGAGCAGCGUGUCAGAGGACCUGAGCCUGGUGGAGAGCGUCUCAGGAGCAGAGGAGUUUGUCUCUGUGUCCGUCACCGACAUCGCCAACACCGCCCUGGAGCUGGAGGGAGUGGAACCCGCCCAGCAGGCCGCUGAUGCCCUGUCCUCAGGGAAUAACGCAGAGAGGGACAACAACCACCUUAAACCUCCGUCACGCACCUCUCCAGAGUCCUCAGAGAGUGACUGGGAGACUCUGGACCCAAGCGUUUUAGAGGAGGGCAGCCCCAAAGAGUCGGCUGAGGGGAGGGAGGCGACUUCAGAGCUACCAGAUGCUUUUGACUCCCAGACGGGGACGCCCAUCACCGUGCAGCCGCAGGCGGCCAGCGAUCAGGGUGGGGUCAUCCAGGGUCUGGUGUCUGGUCUGGAGGAGGAUCAGUACGGCUUACCACUCCCCAUCUUCACUAAGGGUUACCUGUGUCUCCCCUACAUGGCCCUGCAGCAGCAUCACCUCCUAUCAGACGUGACGGUGCGCGGCUUCGUUGCCGGGGCGACCAACAUCCUCUUCCGCCAGCAGAGGCACCUCAGUGACGCUAUCGUUGAAGUGGAAGAAGCUCGUGUCCAGAUCCACGACCCCGAGCUCCGAAAGAUCCUGAGCCUGACGACGGCAGACCUGCGUUUCGCCGACUACCUGGUCAAACAUGUGACGGAGAACCGUGACGAUGUCUUUCUGGACGGGACGGGCUGGGAAGGUGGAGACGAGUGGAUCAGAGCCCAGUUCACCCUCUACAUCCACUCCUUACUGUCCUCUGCAAUACAGCAGGAUAACGAGAGGUUGCUGGCAGAUUACGGAGCGCCUUUCAUCACAGCCUGGAAGAUCACCCACAACUACCGGGUGUGGUUCAGCAACAAGCACCCCGCCAUGGCUGCCAUCACCCCGGGACACCCGUUUCAAGGACAGUACAGUGUUGCUGAUGUGAAGCUGCGGCUGUCACACUCGGUGCAGAACAGCGAGCGAGGGAAGAAGAUUGGAAACGCCAUGAUGACCACCAGCCGCAGCGUGGUCCAGACAGGGAAGGCAGUUGGUCAGUCAGUGGGUGGAGCGUUAACCAGCGCCAAGUCGGCCAUGUCCUCCUGGUUCUCCACUCUGGCCCAACCUGCAGCCGUCUCAGCCGCAGCCUGCCCAGAGACCGCCAUGGAGACCGACACAGAGCCCGCCACUGAGGUCAAACCCUGAAACCACCCCACCAGUCCUCUGUCUCUGACUCUGCCUGCCUCCUCAUCCUCUCAUCCUCUGGCUGCUUUAAAGCCUGAGGGUCAGUGGAGCGAGGGGCGGUUCUUACCUGAGCUGCUGUUAUGAAGGAUGUGAGCAGGGAAACAACGGUCACCUUUGUCUAGAAUCAAAUGGGAGCUCUAAAUCUGAACCAUAAAAAAACCAACACUCACAUCCCUUAUUGGUGACUUUCCAGCCUCAUUUUAGCAGGAUGCCCCUCUGGACAGGAAGGCAGCACUGCCGUUAUAUUAGCUCUGCAGCCCAUAUUCACUGUGAGGCAGAGAUUGCCAGCGCUUUUGAUCAAACACCAGAAAUUUCAGCAGGCUGCAUCAUGUCUGACUGCCUGUUCCUCUCUGCAGCAGUUCAUACUGCUGGACGCUUUCCUGUGAGACACUAAAGAUGCUGUUGUCGGGUUUGCGGUGUUCACUCUUUGCUCGUAUUUCUAGAAAUGUAUCUAUAUAACUGAAUAUUUUGCUGACAAGGAAAUUAUGUGUUUAAAAUAACUCUGUGUCACAAGAAUUGACAGAACAGCAUGAGCUUGUGGCAUACUUGAGGAUUUUAACGGUUUAUAUCUUAAACUCAGUACAGCCUCUGUAAUAACAUUGUGGUUGUCAAGGUAACAGCGUGAAUCCCCUUAGUUACCAUCGCUACAUCUGUCAAGCUUUCUGCUCUCACACGUGAAGUUUACAAUGAUAAUGGUCACCGAUUAACCACCCAAUUUAGUUUUUUUGUUUUUUUUAAACUAAAGGGCUUUAGAUUUAACAUGUCUACCACAGUGGAUUUUCUCAGCUGAAAAGAAAACAGCUAGCAUAAGCUAAUGCUACUGCUAAUGCUCUCUGGCUAACUUUAUCUAAAGCUGCAUGUCACAAACAAAAAGUCACCAGUUUACCCAUUUAUAUGACAAAUAAAGGAUGCAUUGUUCUUGAAUUGCACUGUAAAGCUUGUUAGUUGUCGUAGAAGUAUGAUAAGAAAAAGUGUAAGAUCAGACAGCAGUUUCAUUUUGAUAGCACCCUGUUUAGCUGCUUAGCAUGCGCAAAUGGACAAACAAGGCAGUUAGCUACAUUUCUGCUUUAUUGUUAGUAUUUUCAAGCUGUGUAAAUAUAUUCACUAUAUUUUGCCCUCAAAUACUCCACAACGGUACGAAAAAAAGUAGCAUCCAUGGCAUUACACUACUUUUUUACUAACAAUACUACAUUGCAAUGCUCCACAUUUUAAAGAUGUGAAAACGACCAUCACACGACUUUACAGCUGAUGGUGACGACACAAAAUGACGACAAUUAGUUAGCGUAUGAAAUCUGGAUUUGCUGCUCACCACUGAGCAAGCUAUUUAGUGUCUAUUAUAUAGGGAGUAGUGAAUAAGAGAGUGAUUUUGGACACAGCCGAGUAUCGCUUCAUACUGAGUAACGUUAGCUUGACACACCUUAGUUACAGUUGCUAAGCACCAUCACUUUUCAGGUAAGGGGUUUUGUGAACAGUCAAAAUUUUGUUGAGUGACUUUCGUUAAGGCUGAAGCUAACACAUAUUGUCUCAUUUAAUUUGGGUUGUUUUUUUCCAAUAAAUCACUUAAUCUAAAAAAUGUGAGGAAAUGGAUUACAGUAGAGUCUAAGGUGACGACUUCAAAUUACUCUUUUGACAAACAGUCCUAAACCCCAAGUAUAUAAUUUGAAACAAUAUAAAAUGGAUAAAAGCAGCAAAUUCUCAGAUUUUUAAGAAGCAGAAAGCAAAUAAGGUGACUUUUAAAAUUGUUCAUACAUUUCCAUCCACUGACAAUCAAUUAUUCAAAGUCUGUGACAAAAGCAUUACAAGAUCUAAACGCUGUUACUGAAAUAACCACAGUGUUAUUACUGUAAAUCCUUGUGAACCUGUUGCCUGAUUUUGUGUGAUAAAACCUCCCUUAACUAUGAAGGAACUUGCACCCAGCUGUGUGUGUUGAUAUAUUGGGAGAGCUAUAUUUAGUAACUCCGCAGAUAAAGUCAGAUAACUUAUUUAUUUGUUGUGUAUGAAACUGUUAUCUCAUAAAUAUUCAUGUUUUGUCAUGACAACACUGGAUCAAGUCUGAAUCUGUGGAUCGCUGUGUGUUUUGUAUCAAGCAGCCAUUUAUUCUAUUUAUGUGACUCUUUAUCUUGUAUAACUGUAUUUCUGAGGUGCUUACAGGAUCUUUUCCCUCCAUGCUUGCAAAUAUUCAACAGCUGUUGGAUUAAAAGUGGUCCAGUGAGCAUGCUCUGUCCAGUCCAGUUUUACAGCUGUAAUGAGUGUCACCCUUCUGUCCCAUCUUUAAAACGGCUUUUAAAUGUUUGCUUUUUUUGUUUUGUUUGUUUUUUCCUCAUCCUUUUUAAACUUAUCGGACCAUUCGCUCAUUCCUGGAAUUUGCUUUUGAUUUCUGGAUUAUGUUUGAAAAGAUAUCAGCUGUUAAAAGCUGUUUUUGUUUUUUCUUAUUUUUAAAAUCCUCUGACAAUAUAUAUUUUCAUUUUGUAUUUAAAAUAUAUGAAUGUAUUGUGGAUUCACAUUCACAGAAUAUUUUCUUGACAGAUGCUUUUAAUGUAUUUCAGAAGAAAGUGAUAUACUAUAUUGCUGUA